CGGCGUCCAGUUCCCGCUUCCCCGGUCCGCGGGCGGCAGCCGCCUCGCUCCUCCGCGCCCGGCCGGGUGGACUCCCCGCGCUGGAAGCCGGACAUGGCGACCCUGCUCCCUCCAGCCCCCCGCCGCCCUCCUUCACCCGCCGCCGCCGCCGCCUUCUCCUCCUCCUCCUCCCCGCGGAGCUUUUAAUGGCUCGGACCUCCGGCGGCCGAGCGCCACUGCCCCUGCAACAGCCGCAGCGAGGAGAGCCGGCAGCCCCAACCCCGCGCACGCUGAGCCUUUGCAGAGGUUUUACAAGAGGCUGAGCGUGACAAGCACUUGCUGAUAGUCUUCCUGGAUUGCUGCUCCACAUUCAUUAUCCCUUGGAAGAUAUAAGAAACAUUUCUAUCUAAACAUGGGUGAAACGGAGCAGAGGCCAACAGCAGGAUCCCGGUUAGGAGCUCAGGAGAACGCUGGGAUCAGUACCUUGGAGCAUGGACAGAAACCACCUCUGACACCUCCAGGAAAACUCAUCUCCAUCAAAAUUCAGAUGCUGGAUGACACGCAAGAAACUUUUGAAGUUCCGCAAAGAGCUCCAGGGAAAGUUUUGCAUGACGCCGUUUGCAACCACCUGAACCUUGUUGAAGGUGACUAUUUUGGCCUUGAGUUUCCAGACCAUAAAAAGAUGAUGGUGUGGCUUGAUCUUUUGAAGCCUGUUAUGAAACAGAUUAGAAGACCGAAGCACAUUGUUGUAAAAUUUGUGGUAAAAUUCUUCCCACCUGACCAUGCUCAGCUGCAGGAGGAACUGACAAGGUACCUAUUUGCAUUGCAAGUGAAGCAGGACCUGGCACAGGGAAGGCUAACGUGUAAUGAUACCAGCACUGCCCUUUUAAUCUCACACAUAGUACAGUCUGAGAUUGGGGAUUUUGAUGAAACCAUAGACCGUGAACACUUAGCGAAGAACAAGUAUAUACCUCAGCAGGAAGCACUAGAAGACAAAAUCAUGGAAUUUCACCGUAAUCACAUGGGACAGACGCCAGCAGAGUCUGAUUUCCAACUUUUGGAAAUUGCCCGUCGGCUGGAGAUGUAUGGAAUCCGCUUGCAUCCAGCCAAGGACAGGGAAGGGACAAAAAUCAACCUGGCUGUUGCCAACACAGGCAUUCUGGUGUUUCAGGGCCACACCAAGAUCAAUGCCUUCAAUUGGGCUAAGGUUCGAAAGCUGAGCUUCAAGAGGAAACGUUUUCUUAUCAAACUACGGCCUGAUGUGAAUAGUUCAUUCCAGGACACUCUGGAAUUCCUUAUGGCCAGUCGAGAUUUUUGCAAAUCGUUCUGGAAGAUCUGUGUGGAGCAUCAUGCCUUUUUCAGGCUGUUUGAGGAACCUAAACCAAAGCCCAAACCUGUUCUUUUUUCUAGAGGUUCAUCAUUUAGGUUCAGUGGCCGGACUCAGAAGCAAGUUCUUGACUAUGUUAAAGAAGGAGGGCACAAAAAAGUACAGUUUGAAAGGAAACACAGCAAGAUUCGUUCCAUCAGGAGUCUGACAGUACAGCCUUCAGAACAGCAUACAGAGGUGCCAAAACAAAGCUCCAGCUUUGCCUAUGGAGAUGACAAUGAUGCUGCAGCAGUGCAGAGCUGCCAGCAAGGAAAGGAAUUGAAAGCGUCAGUGGAAGACACUGGACAGCACAAGAGCCCUUCAUUAAAGAAGAGCCCAAAAGAAGGCAGAAAGGUGGAUGGAGCAGUGGUGUCAGCAGUGGAGGAGGAAGAGGAGGCUGCUACAGACAGGAUGCAGCAGAACAGACCUCAGUCACAGCAACCAAGCACAGCAGGUUCUCUGACUGGCAGCCCUCAUCUGUCAGAGCUUUCCAUCAAUUCCCAAGGAGGACCAUCAGUGGCAAACAUGUCAUUAUCUCCAAACUUGAGCCCUGAUGCCAAGCAGUCAUCUCCCUUGAUAAGCCCUUUGCUGAAUGACCCAUCAUGCAUCAGGACUGAGGAAGAGGAAGAGGUCAAAAAAAAGAGAUUCCCAACUGAGAAGGCUUACUUCAUUGCUAAAGAGGUAGCAACCACGGAACGAACGUACCUGAAGGACCUUGAAGUCAUCACAUCGUGGUUUCAGAGUGCAGUGAGUAAAGAGGAUUGCAUGCCCGAGACUCUGAAAAAUCUCAUAUUCUCCAACUUUGAACCUUUGCACAAAUUUCACACUGGCUUUCUCAAGGAAAUUGAGCAGAGACUUGCUCUGUGGGAAGGCCGCUCUAAUGCCCACAUUAAAGGAGGUCACCAAAGAAUCGGGGAUGUUAUGCUAAAGAACAUUCAGAAUAUGAAGCAACUGACAAUUCACCUGUGGAAGCACGAUGAGAUUUUAACUGAGUUGGAGAAUGGAAUCAAGAACUCUCGCAAGCUGGAGACCUUUUGCAGGGACUUUGAGCUACAGAAAGUUUGCUACUUGCCUCUCAAUACCUUCCUGCUCAGACCUUUACACAGACUUAUGCACUACAAGCAGAUAAUGGAGAGGCUUUGCAAACAUUACCCACCAAACCACACAGAUUUCAGGGAUUCAAGAGCUGCUUUGGCUGAGAUUACUGAAAUGGUGGCACAGCUCCAUGGCAAUAUGAUAAAGAUGGAGAACUUCCAGAAGCUGCAUGAACUCAAGAAAGACUUGAUAGGCAUUGACAAUCUGGUGAUCCCAGGAAGGGAGUUCAUUAGACUGGGCAGCCUUAGUAAGUUGUCUGGAAAAGGUUUACAGCAACGCAUGUUUUUCCUGUUUAAUGAUAUUUUAUUGUACACAAGUAGAGGCCUGACAGCAUCAAAUCAGUUUAAAGUCCAUGGGCAUCUGCCACUGUAUGGCAUGACAAUUGAAGACAGUGAAGAGGAAUGGGGGGUUCCUCAUUGUCUAACAUUGCGAGGUCAACAGCAGUCCAUAAUCAUUGCGGCAAGUACCCGCGCUGAAAUGGACAAAUGGAUUGAGGACAUUCAGAUGGCAAUAGACCUGGCAGAGAAAAGCAGCGACCCUGCCCCCGAGCUGCUGGCCAGCAGCCCCCCUGACAACAAGUCUCCUGAUGAAACUACUGUAGACCAGGAAUCUGAGGACGACCUCAGUGCAUCCCGCACCUCACUCGAGCGUCAGUCACCACACCGUGGCAACACUACGGUGCACGUCUGCUGGCACAGAAAUACCAGCGUUUCAAUGAUCGACUUUAGUAUUGCUGUGGAGAAUCAGCUGUCUGGAAACCUCCUGAGGAAAUUCAAGAACAGCAACGGGUGGCAGAAGCUUUGGGUUGUGUUCACCAACUUCUGCAUGUUCUUCUAUAAAUCGCACCAGGACAAUCAUCCCUUAGCCAGCCUCCCUCUGUUGGGAUAUUCUCUCACCAUUCCUUCCGAAUCUGAAAACAUUCACAAAGAUUAUGUCUUCAAGCUGCAUUUCAAAUCCCACGUGUACUACUUCAGGGCUGAAAGCGAAUACACAUUUGAAAGAUGGAUGGAGGUGAUCCGAAGUGCCACCAGCUCGGCCCUGCGCACACGCGCCCUGAGCCACCGGGAGCCCCACACCUACUGAAUGCCACAGCAGCUGGGCCAGUUUUCUACAGGACAUUGGAAACUUUUCCCCCCCGGAGCUUAGUAAAACUGAAAUUUGGUAAAAGGAAGGAGAAAAACCAACCAGUAAGGUUCUGCAGAAACAUCCGCAAUUCCUCAGCAAAACUGUUUCAGUUUUCCAUAUGUUGAAAAUAGCUUACACCAUCCCCGUGGCUGCGGUUUGUUCAUGUCUUGUAUUUUGUCAUUCUGUGCUGUUUUUAGCUUGUGCCAGUAUUAAAAUAUUGUCCUUAUUAGAGUGCCAAAUGCCAAAAGACAUUUUGUUGCCUCAGAGAUUGCACCUAAAAAAAACAACUCCACGAUCUGAACACUUUCUCUUGUGAGGCAAAUACUAUUUCUUCUCUUUACAUAAAAAAUAUAUUAUUUUUUUUUACCAUGUUAACCUGUAGACUGCUGGAGUUUUAAAUGUAGAUGGACUUUCACAGUACAGACUCUAAUUCUACACACAAUGAGCAGUCCAGCAGGAACAAAGUAAUUUUCAGAUUUUUUUUCCUCCAGUCUUUCUAAAUGUACUCAACAAGGAAUUACUAAUUUUCUAUCUUUAACAAAGAAACAGUUUACAGCUCACUCUCAUUUCCCAUUGAGGUUACAGAUCCACGUGGUAUAAACAAGUUACAGGAUUCCCAUCGAACCAUUUUCUCAGUGCAAGUUGACCAAAUUGAUCAUGUUGGCUUGGGAAAGUGAAUGCUACUUGCAAGAUGAAACAAAAUUAAAAUAAUCCAGUGCAAUAUUGUUUGGGCUGUUACUGUACUGUGAAUGGUUAUGUACAAGAAGAAAUUAAAGGCUGUGGUGAUGUUCUGCUGUUUGUUUUACAAACUUGAAAAAAAAUAAUCCAACCUGUAUGCUCCAAGAACCACAGCUUUGUGUAAUUAAUUUGCGGGGUGUUCUGGUAACACGUGGACUAAAGCACUGCGUGUGGGGCAGCUGCUGAGCCCUGGGCUUGUUUUGCUGCUGGAGUUUCAGCAUCAGACAUGCCCAUUUUGUUUAUCUGGCCCUAACAUCACCUAGCACCGUUCUUGGGUGAGCUGUUGGCCGAUUCAGAAGGGUGUCAGCACAAAGCCUGCUCUGAUGAGAUGCUUUUCUUUAUGCUUUAAGAAGCGCUUCACCAUGAAAUCAGUAUCAAAUAUCCAUUAGCAGAACAGCAUGCUGGAAACCCAUCUGUCACCACUCAGGGCCUUUGGGGAAACCCAGUGCUAGGCAGAGGGGCCUGAAUGUCGGCGUGGGAGAUGAAGCUGGGACAGCGCUGCCCCCAACUUUUCUUCUUCUGGCUAUUCACUGUGUUAAUGCUUACCUAUAUGCGAUGUAUAAAAUGGCUUACAGCUUUGCUCACAACAAAAGGGAAUAAAAUACCUCACAAUACUAUCAUACA